AUGGAGCAUUUGAUAUGGAGCGACAGUUUAGCAAGGGCGGCCCAGGCCUGGUCAGAGAAUUGUACUUGGGGUCACGGGCCAGCUGGAGUGGUCACUGUCCAGUAUGGACAGAAUGUUUGGCUUGAUAAAGUAGCCACUUCUGGAAACCUCGUUGGUAUCACAGCAACGCGGGGAUGGUUCGAAGAAAGUAGUUUCUACGAUUAUGCAACCGACGGAUGCACAGGGGAGCAGUGUGGUCACUAUACACAGUUAAUGUGGGCGUCAUCGAGAAAGGUGGGCUGCGGAAGGCACUACUGCCCAAGAGUAACGGGGGCGGGCGAUGCCAGGGCCUGGUUCAUUACGUGCAAUUACUACCCACCGGGAAACUACAUUGGUGCAAAGCCAUACAUUGCCGGUGAAAGGUGUACAAAAUGUGAAUCGGGAACUGGAACGUGUAAUAAUAAUUUAUGCAGAAACUGUACCGGAAUUUCAACGCAAUGCCAAUGUCGGCAGGUCUGUCAUUGCGGUGGAACUCUCAACAGAGAUGAUUGCACCUGCGCAUGUCCUAAUGGCUAUUUCGGUCCCGACUGUUCUGAAUACUGCGAGGACAAGCAUCCCCUAUGCGGGAAAUCCCCCGGCUGGCCCGGGUACUGGACCUGUGCGUUACACCCUCAAAUCCCUCGAAACUGCCCAAAGAUGUGCAAAGUUUGCACGCCACCGGACCCCGCCUCACCAAGAUGUGUUCUCCCCACGGCACAAACUCCGACUUUCCAGCCAUUCAACACAGACGGCAACUUCUUCACGACAGCGUCUUUCUUCGGGCCUGGGGCGACAGACAUGACCACCGUAGAUGGCGCUAUAACACCAAGAAACGGUCGAAAACGACCUACUAUCACUGACGUCCCUUGUGUGGAUAAGAAGUGCAAGAACGGCAUUGUAAGGGGAACAGAUUGCAGUUGUGCCUGUAUAGUUGGCUACGAGGGCAGGGAGUGCCAAUAUGUAACUACAGAGCUCGAUCAUGGAGUUAUAUUUUACUUGGAAGGAAAUAUAAAACAGUGGCCAACGAGUAAAUCUGUUUUGAAGGCUAUCAUAGCAAUGGCUGUAAAUUCGUAUUGUUCUCAGUAUCCUCAUGAAUGUUGUCUCAAAUCGUCAAAUUUACAAAAUCUCCUUCUAAACAGAACUCGAGUGCCUGCUUACAUCAAUGGCAGUCAUGUAAGCGCUGCAGUAGGGUUCCCUGUCAAGAUCAAUGAAAAUGAAUUCAAGGUUGAUAUGCUUGUUCAUCCACCACCUAAAUCACCUCUUUGUAUAGACGGCGGCUACCUAACUCAGAACCUACUCCUUUCCUCGCUCGGGUACCAGUUCGACAGCAUCAAAGCUUCCUUGAGUGUCACCACAAACUUCACCCUCUACGCCCUCGAAGGUAGGGAGAUCCAAGCCAGUACUAACCCUGCCGACGACCCCUUCUCUCCCGAUGAGGGGGGCAAGGAAGGGGCCGAAAAGACUCUCACCAUUGUUCUUUCAACCGUAGCAGCAGUCACUUCCAUCUUCGCUAUCACGAUUAUCAUCAUGGCCAUACAUAAAUGCGUGAAAAAGAAAAAAGAAUAUAUCCGACCGGCGAUGUCGACCAAGAGUUCCUUCGUCAGCGUUCUCGGGGACGGGGACGGUGACGGUGAGUCGGCGCUGACAGUCAAGGACGAAGUGUACCACAACCGAGCCGCCAGGAUGGAGUCGGCGGCCGUUAGGAUUUCCAGGACAUCGAAUCUCUUCAAGAUGUCCAGAAGGUCGUGGUUGAUGACAACACGGAAACAGUUAAGGAGGAAACUACAAGUGCAGACGUCGGAAGGAAAGCUUUUCCCCCAUUGACCCUUGAUGUGCCAGUCUUCAAGAAAUGGUUUCAGUGCCCGUUAUCCUAUGGAAUCGGUGAAGAAAUUACUCCCGCACGUCUCAUGUCGUG